CGAUGAUAGAGUUUGAUGCCAUCUGGAGCUGCUAGAAAGAAAGGGAAAAAAGGCUUUACAAACACUUUUAUCAUUUGUGGUUUUAUCCAACCAAUUCUUAGUUAUAUCUCUUCUAAGAAGCAAAGUAGCGAAGCGUUCUCGUGAUCCUGGCUUGUGAGUUGAAGAAGUCUUCCCUGUCUUUCUGGGGUGCUUGAUUUGAAGAAGAAAAUUAAAGCAAUUCUAUCUCAACACUGUUGGGUCCAUCGUACUCCUAGAUAGGAACCUUACUUGCUGCACACGCUGUCACUAUUGCUUAACUUUGCAAACACUGCUACAAAAUAUUUGGAAGUAAUGAAGCCUUUAAUUGAUGAACAGAAUUCAGACGAAGUCUCAGAUGAGGAGCAUGAAAAUGACAUCCUGCCAGUUGAGAAGCAUUACCAACUUGAAAAUGAAGAAGGCAUUACGUUUAUACAAACACUUACCCACCUCCUUAAAGGAAACAUUGGAACUGGGCUUCUUGGUCUUCCACUUGCAAUAAAAAAUGCUGGCAUUGUGAUUGGACCAAUCAGCCUUGUGUUCAUAGGAAUUAUAUCUGUUCAUUGUAUGCACAUCUUGGUACGUUGCAGCCACUGUCUAUGUCAGAGGUUGAAAAAAUCCUCACUGGGGUAUAGUGAUACAGUUAGUUAUGCCAUGGAAGUGGGGCCUCUGAGUACUCUUCAGAAAAAAUCUUCCUGGGGAAGGUAUAUUGUGGACUUUUUCCUAGUGAUAACGCAGCUGGGAUUUUGUAGUGUUUAUGUUGUGUUCUUGGCAGAAAAUGUGAAACAAGUCCAUGAAGGAUUCUUGGAAAUCAAGUCUGCUUCUAUAAAUGUCAGUGCCGCCAGCAAUUCUUCUGAGAAAAGGAGUACGGAUUUACGAGUGUACAUGCUGUGUUUCCUGCCAUUUAUGAUCCUCCUGGUCUUUAUUCGUGACCUUAAGAGCCUGUCCUUGCUUUCACUGCUUGCCAAUCUGUCCAUGGCUGUCAGCCUUGUGAUCAUUUACCAGUAUAUUGUUAGAGAUAUAGCAGAUCCUCAAAAACUGCCUCCUGUGGUUGGCUGGAAGAAAUAUCCUCUGUUUUUUGGGACAGCAAUAUUUGCUUUUGAAGGAAUCGGUGUGGUACUGCCAUUGGAAAACAGAAUGAAGGACACCACGCGGUUCCCACAGGCACUGAACAUCGGCAUGGGGAUAGUUAUGACCUUGUAUAUCUCACUAGCCACCCUGGGGUAUCUGCGCUUUGGGGAUGAAAUCAAAGGCAGCAUCACUUUAAACCUGCCACAAGAUAAGUGGUUGUAUCAGUCUGUAAAAAUUCUGUACUCCUUUGGGAUUUUUGUGACCUAUUCGAUCCAGUACUACGUUCCUGCAGAGAUCCUCAUUCCAGCUGUUACCUCCAAAGUGGAGCAGAAGUGGAAGUUACCCUGUGAACUUGUGGUGAGAACACUAUUAGUCUGCUCAACCUGUGCUGUAGCAGUUCUGAUCCCUCGCCUGGACCUGGUGAUUUCUUUCGUUGGAGCUGUCAGCAGCAGCACUCUGGCACUGAUUCUGCCACCUCUGGUUGAAAUCCUCACUUUCUACAAGGAAAACUUAAGUUUGUGGACGAUAUUCAAAGACCUUUUCAUAGCUGUCAUUGGAGUCGUCGGCUUUUUAACAGGGACGUAUGUGACGGUUGAAGAAAUCAUUUACCCUGCAUCCAUGGUUUUAACUAACACAACUGAGAGCAUCUCUGCUGAUUUAAAUGCUACAAACUUGGUGGUUGGCUAAAAGUAACAACCAGAUGCCAUGAACUAUUUUGUUCCUUACCGAGAAUCCAAGAUGGAUGGCAGACCUGCACGUGGGACAAAUUACAGUGGAUUUUAAGUGAAUUCUUGAAAAAUUGCAUGCAGCCCUUUCUCACUCUGUUGUUUGUUCUUUCUCUCAUUACUUCAGAUCUGCUAUCUGAAUAACCCCUUUGCUCUCAAUCUUCUGUGCUCAUCUAGUGAAAACUGGAUUGGCGUCAGGAUUUAAAAUAUAUACAAUGAUACAGGAAGGUAAUAUGAUCUUAGAUUAUUUGCAAAACAGAGGAAGGAUUUUCCUAAGGAAGUCAAGAUGCUUUCCUCCUCAGAAAAGGUGGAAGCCAGUCCAUCCAUCAUAUCUCUACACAAAGUCUAGGCACUACUGUUUUCCCUCUAGCUCUGUUUUAAGGGCUCCUGUGGGAGUUCAGUGAUGCACAGACCUUCUCUUGGCUGUCUCUAGUGGGAUGCACCCCAGUGAACCAGAGACACUGGUUUUAGAAAUGAAAACCUGUGUUUUUUAUUUCCAUUCUGGGGACUUUGAUGUUUGCCUUGGAAAAACUUCCGGGUGGUUGCAGUUGUGUAGCUCUGGUCCCUGGAAGCUGGUUUGUCUGGAAUCACGGUGCAUUGUGCAGAAUGACAGUCACUCUUGCUCAGUCUUUUCACGUUGGCUCCAAGGGGAGUUCUUCAAGCAACGGGAAGCACCAAAUCCUCCUAGUACAGGCUAGCGUAACAGACCACUUUAGUUGGUGGGUUACAUGACAGUAAGCAUAAAGGCACUUUUUCAUGCUGACAGUCUGAACAUUUAAGCUGAAAAAUGUACAAGACUGACAGAGGGGCAAGGCUCAGAGGUAAAGACUGGAUCCUUUAUUAGAGCAAAGAGAGCCAGGUAGGAGUGGUUUUGCCAUCUUGCUUGAUCUGUUACUAUCUGUUUGUGUACCAUGAGCUGCUCAGCAUGGCCAGACCCUUGCUCCAGGGAAAUGGCAUCCAUGGAGCUCUGCAGAGCCAUGGGGGUAGGGCUGUCCCGAGCAGCUUCAGGGUUCAUGAUGGUAACUUCUGCUUGAGAAAGAAAAGGAUGAAACACUACUUUCUAGAAUGGAGCUUACGCCAUACUUUCACACAUAUAAGCUGUGGGUUAUCUGUGAAGAAACUUAUAAUUCACAGCACUGUAAGUUGCAGGGGGGCACAGAGGGUGUCUGCUUUGAAGCCUAUUUUCCCUAGAGUGCCCCACCUGCCUGCAGGCUGUCUGAAGGUGUGGGCUGUCUCAGGACUUGCUUUCGAUUACUGGUACUGUGUAGAGGGGUACAGCUUAUAUGAGAUAUAGGGCAUACAUGUGAAAAUGAUAUUUUUUUAGCAAGUAAGUAUUUAUCUCCUUUGGAUUUUGAAGGAAAUGUUACAAAAUGUUGUUUAUUAGAGCAAUAUUACUUUCUUUAAUGAAGCAAAAAACAUUCAACACCACAAAAGAUAAUAUGAGUAGUUUAUUUUUGUACAUUUUGGUAACUGCUGCCCUAACCCAUUUUUUACACUAUUACUUUAUCCUUAAUUUCAAAUGUAUAAAAUGGUAUUUUUUCCUUUACAUAUUGCUAUGUACAUAUUGCUAAGUCUGUAGACUAACUAUAUUUCUACUGGAGCGUAUAACAAUUAUUUCUGCAUGCUUAUGUUCUGCCUUAAAUGGGAUCUAACAUGCCCUUUGCUAAUUUUUGCUUCUUUUGUCCAUUUUGGAAGGAAAAAAGAACAUGUUGAUAAGUUGGUAAUUGGGUAGAAACGAGGUCUGUUCAGCAAGCCUGCGUGCUGAGUCCCCAGCCAGAAUCCUGAUUUUCAGGGCUCAUAUUUGACUUUUUGGCUCACACUGCAAAGAUGAUUUUCACUCCAAAUGCCAAAGCUAUAUUUUUGGUCUUGUUUCCUAAAAACACUCUAUAUUUUGUAAAAUAAUAGAACUGUAUUUAUCAUAGUCCUUUCUGUUAUGAAGAAAUUCCUUUUUCUAAGGAAUAUAUUAAUUAUAAUGUUCCUCCAAGACAUAUGGUAUGCCAAAACCUCUUUAUUAUAUUCAUACAAAUGAAGAUAAGAAUAUAUAUAAUAUUUUGGUUGCUUUCUGUAUAUUCCUCAGAAAUUUACCCUUUGGUAAUCUACCAUUUUUCAUUACAGUGCUAAAAUAAUAUAGAGCUAGAUAUAUCUAUACUUAUUUUUUCUCUUCAGAGUAUUUCUCCAGUCAUCUACCAUGUGGUGACUGUAUAUGAGCACUUUCAUCUCCACUGAAGGCAUUUCUGAUAGGGAUUUGUUACAGCGUGUAGUUUGAACUGUGUGUCCUUGUUCAAGCAAUAGUUCUGAGCAAUGUUCUUAUUUUUAUUUUAGCGUGGACGAAGUUAAAUACUUCACAGGCACUUUGAAGGGCUGAGUCUCAGCUGGUUUAAUGCUAUGGUAUUAACCUGUUGUAUGAAAGUGUCACUGAGGAGCAAACACAGGUAAUUAUCAGAGAGGCAAAAGGUAACUUCAGCUUUUUGUCUUCAAGGCUUUUUAGUCUUUAAGCUAUUUUGAAACACAUUGAAGAUAAAUGUUUCAGUCUGCUUGGUAAUAAACCUGCUGUGUUCCUAAACCAUACACUACACACUGAUAGACUGUGUUUCUGUGCAACGUAUUUCGCUUGAUACUAAAUAUUUCUACAUGGAACAUUUUUAAUGGGACCAAUAGGAUUUAAAUUAAAGCUAUUUUUCCCGAUUUGCAUCUGUCUACCCACGUGUGUUUGGAAAAUAACGGAUUGUCAAGUCCAUUCAUAUCAUCUGUUCUUCAGUGAUUGUGUCCUAGUGAACACCUCUGAGAAAGUCCUUCUGCCUGGGUGCAGAAGAAGUUGACCAGCUCAGAGUUUGGUGGUAAUUUUUGACAGGUGCAAGGGAAUAAUGACGUGAAGAUUUGCUGAGAUGGGUCCCUAUAGCAUAGGUGAAUGCAGCAGUUUUUUUGAAAUUCAGGCCACCUGUUUAGAAGCUUGAUAGGUUUGAGGAAUCUAAUGUGAGCCAUCAAACUUCGGAUAAGCUGGCCCGAAUACGAAGCCUUACAGAUCUUACUACCAUGUCUGACUGGGGAGCAGCCUGUCAAGGAGCAGAUUUUCAGACAGAUGUAUUGCCAUUGAUUGACCAGGUAUGAAGUAGUGUUUUUAUGCAGUGGGUCACUGUUGCCAUAUCUAAUGGUGUAUCUUUUGCAUCUUUAAAAUGUUUAUUAAUAUAUUUUAUACAAUGUUGAUUUUCUCCUACAGUGUAGGAUUUUCAUUACUUUAACACUCAUGCAGGGCUUUGUGUGGCCUGCUCUUUCAAAUAGAAAGAGUGAGGAAUCAGAAUAUCUUGCUCUGGAUGCAACUAAAAUGUCACUAAUAGAACUAGAGAAGAACUACUACGUCUGAAUAAUAAGAGUGUUCCUGUGAAACAUUGCCAAAGAUUUAAAAGAUGGGAAAUCUGACAGAAACCUCUUCUGAAUAAUAAGAGUGUUCAUUCAGCUUUUAAAGUACUGUAAUAUAAAGUUCAAGUUAAGAUGCAAGGAGUGAAACUCCAGAUUUAAUGGGUAUGGUUUACAUUAAUAUAUAUUUAAGAAGGAAAUGUACUUUAGCACAAGGUAAAUUAAACUGAAGAAUGUGAUUGGCUUAUGUUCUUGACAAGGAACAGAAAGUUAUUGUAUUUAUAUACUGAACAUGCACUUAUAUUUUACAGCAUGAUAUUGUUAACCAUUUUAAUGUAAUCAUUAGCUGCACUAUAAGUAACUGGAUCAUUUUCUUGUCUGUAACUGUUCAUCUUCAAAUAUUGGGCAAAGAAGAGGGUGGGUUCACCUAAUGUUCUGUAAAUUAAAUCUUCUGUAUCAAUAAAGACAACAAUA